AAGCAGGAAGUCACCUCAGGUGUGUUGCAGCUGGUUUCUGGUUCGGGUCAGUUUGGAUUUUUGUGUUUUUCGGGGAAACGGACGGACAGACGGAUCCGCUGUAAACAGGAAAAUCCCUGAAGGAGGAAGAACAGAUCGGCCUCCUCCUGCAGGGAGCGCAGCCUUCAUCUUCAUCACCUUCAUCUUCAUCUCUGUUCCUGCUGAGUCAUGGCCGGAGCUCUGAGGAUGAGUGAACCUCAGUUCAUCAACGUCUACGACAAUGAUCUGCAGCUGAAUUUGAUGCCGUACGACUACAUUCCUCCCGUGGACAUAAAGACUGAACCCUACAUACCUGAGACAGCUCAUGGUCCUUAUAUUCAGAUCAUAGAAGAGCCAAAACAGAGGGGCUUUCGUUUCCGUUAUGAGUGCGAGGGUCCGUCCCACGGUGGGCUGCCAGGGGCCUCCAGCGAGAAGAACCGGAGAACCUACCCAACCGUGAAGAUUAAUAACUACGUGGGUCACGCCCGGGUGGAGGUCCAGCUGGUGACCCACACCGAUCCUCCUCGUGUCCACGCCCACAGCCUGGUGGGACGUCACUGCACAGAGAAGGGCACCUGCACGCUGGACGUCGGCCCCAACGACCUCACCGCCUCGUUCAGUAACCUGGGGAUCCUCCAUGUGACCAAGAAAGGUGUCGUGGAGAUUUUGCACAAGAGGCUGAAAGAUGAGAAGAAGAGACAGAAAGGACCACACAGUACCCUGACAGACCUCGAGGAGAGCGCCUGUCUGAAAGAGGCCAAGGAGCUGGGGAAGGUGAUGGACCUGAACAUCGUCAGGUUAAAGUUCACCGCCUACCUGCAGGACAGCAACGGAGGAUUCACCCGAGCACUGAAACCUGUCGUGUCCAACCCGAUCUACGACAGCAAAUCUCCAAACGCCUCCAACCUGAAAAUCUCUCGGAUGGAUAAGACGUGCGGCUCGGUGCUCGGAGGAGACGAGAUCUUCCUACUCUGUGACAAAGUGCAGAAAGACGACAUCGAGAUCCGUUUCUACGAGGAGGACGAGGAGGGAGGCUGGGAGGCGUUCGGUGACUUCUCACCUACCGACGUUCACAAACAGUACGCCAUCGUAUUCAAAACGCCGCCGUACCACAGCACAGAGAUCGAGCGUCCCGUCACCGUCUUCCUGCAGCUGAAGAGAAAGAAGGCCGGCGACAGCAGCGACCCGAAACAGUUCACCUACAUACCACAGGUCCAAGAUAAAGAGGAGGUGCUGAGGAAGAAGCAGAAGCCGUUGCCUCACUAUGAACCCUGGAGAGGAGGGGGAGGAGGCGGACGAGGUGGAGGAGCCGGUGGUUUCGGAGGAGGAGGAGCUGGAGGAGGAGGAGGAUUCCAGUUCAACCAGCAGAUGAACGGAGGAGGAGGAGGAGGAACAGGAGGAGUUUUCUUCACUGGAGGUUUCACAGGCUUCGGUGGAGGGGGAGGGGCUCAGAUGUCAGGCUCCACCCCUCAGACAGGUGUUACCCAGCAACAGACUGAUGGACAGACUGGAGGACAGACCGGAGGACAGACUGGAUCACCACUACAACAGCAGCUCUAUCAGAUUGCUGCAGCUCUUCACAGCAGAGCCUCUCAGAGCGCCAGACAGACCGCCGCCGCCCUGCUGCAGUACUGCAGCACUGGGGACGCCCGGGUCCUCCUGGCGAUCCAGAGACACCUCUGUGGUGUCCAGGACAGCAACGGAGACACUCCUCUACACCUGGCCAUAAUCCACCAGCAGACAGGUGUGAUCCAGCAGCUGAUCCACACUCUGCUCAGCAGCCAGCAGCAAAACAUCCUCAACACAGCCAACCACCUCAGACAGACUCCUCUCCACCUGGCGGUGAUCACCCGGCAGGUGAAGGUGGUGGAGGUGUUGCUGAGGGCAGGGGCCGACCCCAGCCUGGUGGACAAGGACGGCCGCAGCCCCCUCCACCUGGCAGCGCUGGCCGGAGAUAACGCCACACUCCGCCCCCUGCUGGCUCACCUGGGAGAACGCCACGCCCACCUGGUCAACACGCCCGACUAUCACGGUCUUCAUCCUCUCCACCUGGCGGUAAGGAGGGACGGCGAGCGCUGCCUCCGCCUGCUGGUGGAGGGUGGAGCCAAGAUCAACGCUCCUGAGCAGAAGAGCGGAAACACUGCCCUCCACCUGGCCGUCAGAGAAAACCUUUUCAAGGUGGCCUGCACCCUCAUCACAGAGCUGAAGGCGGAUGUUAACGCCUGCACGUUUGGAGGAAACACACCGCUCCACCUGGCGGCCAGUCUGGGCUCACCGACCCUCUGCUCCAUGCUCAUCGCUGCAGGUGCUGAUAAGAACAUCGAGAACGACGAGCCGCUUUUCUUCAGCUACUCGUCAGAUGAAGAAAAAGACGAGGACGAACCAGAGGAAGUCAGAGAGCCAGAGGCCGCCGCCUCACAGACAAUCAACCCUCGUAAGAGACCUGCAGGACACACCCCUCUGGACCUCGCUAAAUGCCAAAAGGUGAGGAACCUGUUAAACUCCAGACAGAGUCCGAAGUCAAGUCGUCACUGCAGUAAAAGGAUCAAACCGAGCAGCAGCGAAGAGGUGGAGGGUUCUGGUCUGGACGAGGAGACGCUGUCCCGGCUGGUGGAGGUGCUGAGUGUCGGAGACGUUCCCUGGAGGAAACUGGCGGAGAAGCUGGGGAUGAUGACGCUGACUCACCUGUACCAGGACAGUCCGACACCCUGCCAUCACCUGCUGCAGCACUACAAGCUGGGCGGGGGUCCAGUUGAAGGUCUGGUCGAAGCUCUUCAGUCUCUCGGUCUGUCGGAGGGAGUCCGGCUGCUCAGGAACAACGAGCUACGAGACGACAAACACAGCACAGACGCCACGGUCGACAGCGGAUUCGGCAGCCAGCCAAUGGAAGAAGAGGAGCCGUCUGUGGCCAAUCAGUGACGAACAGGAAGUGCAGAGCAGCUUCGUUAGCGUCUUCUCAUCCUGCAGGAACCGGGAUUCUGCAGAACUGGACUUAAACCUGCAGACUCUCAUCCAGCAGAGACUGACGCUGGUUUAUUCUCAGCAGAGUGAGAUGUUCGUUUACCUCCAGAGGAGAUGAAAGCUGCGUUUCAGACGGAGAGGAAGGUCGGACAUUUAUGACACAGUGUCGGUGGUUUGGUUUUCCCAUCAGUCUGACUGGGCCUUACAAAAACAUAUUAAUGUCAGAGAAUUCACAGGUUUUCAAAAAUACUGAAAAUUUAAGAGGUUGAGGACAAAUAUUUUAAAAAGCUUUUAAAACUGAAUUUGUUGAAAAUAAAAGUACAAACAGCAGAUUUACAAUAAGGAUGUAUCAUAGAUAUUAAAGUGUUUUCUUGUUUCAUAAAAUGUGUCCGUUUAGUUUGAUUUCAGUUUUCAGCUUCUUCACGUUUUUCAUUAAUUUAUAUUUUGUUUUUCUUGUAAGUAUUUCUGUGUUUUGGAUGAUGUCUGAUGGACAACCUGGGGUCCUUAAGUUUCACCUAACGACACCUUGAAAGUUUUAAAAUUUGCCCUCCAGGACAAACUUCCAGUAUAAGCCAAAUGCUGCAGAUUUUUUUUCUGACAAUGAUAUGUUUUGAGUAAAAUCUAAUCUGUUGUGUUUACACUGUGUGUCAUGUGUUAUCUUGUUAAUUUGACAACAGGGCAGAAGAGUUGAUCUGCUUUUUGUCAAAACUGGAAUUUCCUAUUUUCUGUCUGCUCUGGAACGCAACACAUCUCACCUGUUACAGCCUGAGCUCAUCAGAUGUUGAAGCUCAUUCAUACCAGUGGGUAAAAAACUAUGUUAAAUGUUAUGAAUGACAAAAAUAAUAAAUAGUCAUUGUACCUAAAAUUAAAA